AUGCCCUCAAUGUCAGAUCCACGGAGACUUAAUCAAGGUUCCUCCGACAGAACUACAUGUAUUGAGCUCCCCUUGGCCAUUUGUGGCAUAGGGAUGGACAUCAUCGGACCCAACGAGCCAUCAGCAUCCAAUGGACAUCAAUUCAUUUUAGUCGCUAUCGACCACUUCACCAAAUGGGUGGAAGCAACUUCUCACAAAUCAGUGACCAAGAAAGUCUUAACUGACUUCGUCAAGAACAAUCUCAUAUGCUGCUUCGGUAUGCCCGAGUCCAUCAUAACAGAUAAUGGAGCAAAUCUGAACAGCCAUCUGAUGAAAAACGUCUGUGAACAAUUCAAGAUAACUCAGAGGAACUCUACUGCCUACCGGCCACAGAUGAAUGGAGCCAUGGAUGUUGCCAAUAAGAACAUCAAAAGAGCCUUGCGAAAGAUGAUCGAUAACUACAAGAAUUGCACGGCGAAACAUUAUGCUUUAUUAGGAAGUGGAGAUUCCUUCACUGAGGAUCAUCAAGAAGCGAAACUGAACGAUGCAGAAUGGGUCAGAAAUCGCUACGAGCAGCUGGCCAUGAUCGAUGAAAAGAGAAUGGUAGAAAUGUGCCACGGACAGCUAUACAGACAGAGAAUGUCUCGAGCUUUCAACAAACGAGUCAGAGCACGACUCUUCCAAAUUAGGCAACUCGUACUCAAGCGAGUGUUCCCUGACCAAGAAGAUUACAAAGGAAAAUUUGCACCGAACUGGAAAGGACCAUACAUGGUCAGAAAAAUACUCUCAGUAGGAGCCGUGGUCCUAGCCCAGAUGGAUGGACAAGAAUGGCCCAAAGCUAUCAAUACAGACGCGCUCAGGAGAUACUACACUUAG